ACUUGUGACAAAGGUAAAGCUUAAUUUUGUCUCUUAUCUUACUUUCUUUACUAGUAGAUUUAGUGAGUGAAUCUCAAGUUCUACUAAUAUCCAACCCACAAUGAGUGAAAUUUGGAUUUGAGACAAAAUCAACUUGUCACCCUGAAUAGCAAAAGUGUUUUUUUUUUUAAUACAAUUAUUGAUCAGAUCAUUGAUGUAGUUGGGUAAAGUCAAAGAAGUAUACAUCUUUUGUGACAUCCUAGAUAUCUCCACCCCCCACAUUGUUAUCUCCGGCCAACAAGUGCAGUUUGUACGUGUCGAAUGGCGUUCAGCUCCAUCAGCGCGCGGGAGGAGUGGAGGAGCGAGAUCGAAGAAGAGGUGGGGGAGGAGAGGAAGUGGUCGUUGGAGUCGGAGAGGGAGAAUGCAGUGUAUGUUGCGGUGUGGAAGGAUAUUGACGAGACGUUGAGCAUGGACGCCUUGCUGUGGACGCUCAACAAUGCUGUGAUUGAUCCCUCUUCCGCUCUCGUCUUCCUCGUCCAUGUCUUCCCUCAGACCACCUUCAUCCCUUCGCCACUCGGGAAGUUGCAUAUCGAUCAAGUGAACCCGGAGCAGAAGGAGAUGUUUUUAGCCCAAGAAAGUGGCAAGAGGAGAGAUCUUCUCCAAAAGUUUGUCAAUCUCUGCUCUGUUUAUCAGGUUAAAGUGGAGACCAUACUUGUUGAAAGUGAUAUGGAGGGUAAAGCCAUACUUGAUCUCAUUCCUAUUCUCAAUAUCACAAAGCUGAUUCUUGGUGCCAGUAAGGCUACUAUAAGACGGAUGAAGUCCAGGAAAGGGAAUGGUGCAGCUGAUCAGAUAGUGCACAAGGCACCUGGAUUCUGUGAGGUUAAGAUCAUAUGUGAAGGGAAGGAAGUUUCUGACCUGUCGAUGACAGAGUCCCCAUCUCCUUCUCCUUCCCCCUCUCCCAGGCCAACUCAUUCAACUCCCUCCUUUGCUCAAAACAAACAACAAACAGCAAAUGACUCGGCUGCUUGCGGUUGUUUCAAAAUUUGAGUCAUGAUAAUCCAAGUGCAGAUUUGGCCCGAAACAGUUGGGAGAGAGUGUGUCAAACUAAAUAUAGACUUCAAGAAUGAUGUUUGAAACAAUCAUUGUUGCUUCUUAUCAUUUACUACCAGAAUCUAAAAAAAUGUACAACAGUUUAUUUGUAAUCAUGUACCAAGUUUGUCAAUGCUUUGUGUAGUUUCAUAUAACAGUUUAUUUUGGUUGACCUUUCUGUAAU